GAUGCCAAGGCUGCGCGAGAGCGUGCACUUUAACCAGAAACAGAAGUGAGCCAUCAAAGAGAAGAAAAAACUGACCCAACAAGUUCUCAGCAGACAGGGAACACAGAGUAAAGACAAACGAAGUAGUGAUGGAGCACUCCAAGCAGACACAGUACACCUCAAACGAGAAGAGAGAGAGCGGCUCCGUGCUGAACGGGCACUUUGACGGGAUGGUGAAGCGGUCUGCCGGCAGCACCGCACGCGCCGCUGCCGCCCAGCCUCCGGGCGCCGAGUCCGGCUCCCACCGGCCCGUGAUGGAGAGCUGGAGGGAGGAGCGCACCCGGAGCGUGGAGGACAACGAGAUGAGCCUGCCGUCCCUGGCCGCAGCUUACACCACCAUCCUGCGGGGGCUCGGGGAGGACCCCCAGCGGCAGGGACUCCUCAAAACCCCCUGGAGGGCAGCGACCGCCAUGCAGUUCUUCACCAAGGGCUACCAGGAGAAAAUUAUCGACGUGCUGAACGACGCCAUCUUCGACGAAGACCACGACGAGAUGGUGAUCGUCAAAGACAUCGACAUGUUCUCCAUGUGUGAACAUCACCUGGUGCCCAUCUUCGGCAGGGUUCACAUCGGUUACCUGCCCAACAAGAGAGUCCUGGGCCUCAGUAAGUUGGCCAGGAUUGUUGAAAUCUACAGCCGUCGCCUACAAGUUCAGGAGAGGUUGACCAAACAGAUCGCCGUGGCGAUCACCGAGGCCCUGCAGCCGACCGGCGUCGGCGUGGUCAUCGAGGCGACCCACAUGUGUAUGGUGAUGCGAGGCGUUCAGAAGAUGAACAGUAAAACCGUCACCAGCACCAUGUUGGGAGUCUUCAGGGAAGACCCAAAAACCCGCGACGAGUUUCUGACGCUGAUCAGAAGCUGAGGAGGACGAAGCCCUUUCUCCUCUUCCUCACGUUCCCCCUGGCUACCUCCACCUGCAUGGACCAGCUGCCGUGCUACCUGUGUGUGUGUGUGUGUGUGUGUGUGGUUGUGUGUGUGUGUUUCCAUCUCACCACCAGUGACAGAGUGUGUACUGUGUUUCCAGCCCAACUCUAUUCAUCCGAUAAGGUAAAGCGUUGCCGUGGGGAUGUCUGUGUCAGAGGCUGCCGACUGACAUGUUUACUUUGACACAACCCGGCAGACUUUACCCUCUCUUUGUCCUCGUGUAUGUCCUCAAUCAUCAAAUAUCAGUCGCUGGCCUCGAAAUACACAAGGAGAGUUUAAAAGAAAAAAUCCAUACUGAAAGAAAGCUAAUAAUCAAAAAUAAUUGUUAGUCCUGACACCACAUCAUUUCAGUUUCAAGUCCCUUUUUCAUAAAGAAUUAAAAAUAAAAUAAAAGAUUUGCAGAUGUACUAAAUAAUAUUUAGUUUUUUAGCUAUGAAAAAUGAGUGAUGUAUCUGUAUACUAUAACAGUCUUUUCAGAUUUUUCUUUUAACAUUACUUUAAAAAAAAGAUUCUUAUAAAUACCUGGAGACAUAUUCAGAAAACGUGAUGAGGCUGAAGACCAAAAAUCAAUCAAUAAUUCUAAAAAUCAUUCUCCGUUGCAGCCUGAGAAAUGACUUUUAGAAGUUUUUUAGGACUUUUUGUUGAGCAGAGACUAUCAGUUGAUUUAAAAGUAGAAAUAAAACAUAAAGCUCUUAUUAAAAUUAUUGCAUCCAAACAAACAAAAGCCACUUUUUAAAUAUAAAACCACGCUAAAUUAUCGGAGGAAGUAUGAGCUUCAAGUAGUGAAAAAUAAACAGUAUUGUUAUUUUUACAUUUCAUUUUCAACGUGUUAUCAUUAUUAUGAUCCGGUGCCAACUUGCCUCACAAUUUAAAACCAAAAAAAAAAUGAGUUCACGGUGCCGAGACGAGGCGGCCGACGGGACGCUGAGCUGCAAACUCACCGUCUAAAAACUAACUAACUUUUCAUUUUCAUAAGAGGCAAGAAAAUCAAGUGUGUGUGUGUGUGUGUGUGUGUGUGUGUGUGUGUGUCUAUAAUGACUUUGUGUGUACUCGUGUAGCUUAUACUUUACAUGUCUGUGUCUCUUAAUGUCCACAGACAGAUUGCGCGUGUCUGUGUGUGUGUGUGCGCGCGUGUCUGUGUGUGUGUGUGUGUGCGCGUGUCUGUGUGUUCUGAUGUGAUGUUUUUGUGGCCUUGUUGAGGACCGCCUGUUCUGUGGCCUCUUCACCAUCAUUGUCACUUUAUGUACCGUGUUCAUUUGAGAUACUUUUUAAUUAAAGACAAUAAAUCUCUAUGUGACAAC